AAAUCUGCGAGGUGCCUGCCUUUUGACCCGAAAAGUCAAUUUGCUUUUUUACCUCCUCGGUCUUCUCUGUCUCUACGGGGCGAAGAUUCCCAGCCCACCCUUUCGCACCAUGAUCUUGUGGAUCCUUACUGCACUCAGUCUAAUUCAGCCUGACAGCCUAACAGGUAAGUCAUUUCUCUCUGUCUCUCCCAUAUAGAGGUGGAAGGGACCCCAAGGGUCAUCCAUUCCAACCCCCUGCAAUGAGGGAAUCUCGGCUAAAGCAUCCAUGACAGAUAGCCUUCCAACUUCUGCUUAAAAACAUCCAAGGAAGGAUAGUCCACAACCUCCAGCGGGAGACUGUUCCACUGUUAAUGGCUGUAUUCUAUGCCACUUUACUUGGGUGUAAACCACAUUAAUUCAGAACAAGAUGGAUUAGGACUCGGCUGCCUUGCACAAAAAAUGAUAAGGGAUUGAAAUAAAGGGUGCUAUUUCUGGAGAUUGGCAAAAAAUUAGUAACUGAGUUAGCUUUAAUCACCAGUUUGUAUUUCUUGAGAAGGGUCUGUGGCAAAUGAUGCUUUUUUAAAAGUUGCUGAAGCUAAGCAGAUCUUUGUUCUGUAUGCUGCCCAGAUAAGGAAUAAGCUGCUUUGGGCUUGUUGGAGGAAGAAUAGGAUACAUGUGCAACAAAUAUCACAAAUGAAUAGCAUGAAGACCUCAGAUUGGUUGCGUUUGAAGAUUUGCUUAGAUACGUGUCAUAUAAUAUACCUUCUGGUUACUUAUUUUCUAUAUUGUGCCCAUCAUUAAGGUUGCAUAAAACAGUAUUUGGUUAAUUGAUAUCUUUGUUUCCACUGGAAGUUUGCUGUCUGCAUUGUUUUGAAAAUUCACAGAUAUAUAGUUUGGUCACAGUCCUUGUGAGCGAUUAUCAGCUUUCAGGUUUAGCGAGCAUCUGUUGUGAUUUUUUUUGCAUGAAGUGGGAUUAUUAUACAGCACCCAUUAAUUGUUGAUAAUUCAUUCUAAUUUGUUUGUGGGCAACAAACCACUUCAUAAAGCAACCGUUAUCCCACACUUUCCAGCAGUUCCCCCAUCACUUUCCUUACUGCAAACAGUUCAAUUUUUAUUCCUGAGUUGGUUUGUUGCACAAGAUCACCAAAUCCACUUGAAUUUGCUCAACAACUCUGGUCAAUCCAAUCCAAUGGGUAGAUUAUUGCUAGUAUUUUUAUAGUGGUUGUAGAUUGCAGUCUCUUGGAAGUUGGACAGCCCAGAUAUAUAGCAUAAACUAGCAUCAUAUUUGCACACAUUCCAGGCAUCAGUAACAGCCCAUUCAGGAUUUUGAAAAAAGAUUUCAGCACAUCUUUCAGAUUUUGAAUUGUUCCUACAUAGUUAGUCCCCCCCCCCGUGUUAUCACCCCUUAAAUGCUGCUUUUGUGAUGCUCUAAAUGCUACUCUGUUCUUGAGACCCAUUAAAGACCUGUUUUUAUUAGCUUAUCAAAGCUCGAAUUUCUGAAGUCCCUGGUGUGACUGCUGCUUCUAAGCUUUGUUCCAAAGGGCAGAAAAAUGUCGAUACUUACAGGGAGAAAUCACAAAAUGAAAGUGAAUGCACCCUCUUUCAGUAUAGUUAUUGAGGAAAGGAUUGUUGACAUUUAGGACAACUUUUUGACACUGUAGAACCUUUUUGAAUUCCUUCACUUCCACUCCUGCAUAUUUCUUGGGAGCGCACGUCCUUUAGCUCCUUAUCCCUCGUUCAGAUUUAUAAUUCACAGCUUUCUCUGUCAAACUAAGCAGAAGAGAACUGAGAUAUUAUAAAUGAACAGAUCGCACCUCCAGAGAGCAAAUUAGCAGCAGCUGUCUUUAAAUGGUCUCAUAAAGUAAUGAUGAUGAAAGAUAAUGAAGUAAGUAUUUAAUAACCACUGUGGGCCACACCAAAGUCAUUGCGAUGCAGCGAAUUCACCGGCUCGUGUUGGGUCCCCACAUCAAGUCCCAAUGCAUUAGUGUACUUAUUGCAUGAUGUCCUUCUGCAAACCACAGAGCCUUAUUUCUAAAAUAGCUGUUUAAUAAUAAUAAUAAUAAUUUGUUAUUUGUACCCCGCCCAUCUGGCUGGGUUUCCCCAGCCACUCUGGGCAGCUUCCACAGAGACCAAAAAUACACUAAAAUAUCACACAUUAAACUUCCCUGAACAGGGCUGCCUGUCUUCUGAAUGUCAGGUAGUUGUUUAUCGCUUUGACAUCUGAUGGGAGAGCAUUCCACAGGGUGGGCGCCACCACCGAGAAGGCCCUCUGCCUGGUUCCCUGUAGCUUUGCUUCUCGCAGUGAGGGAACCGCCAGAAGGCCUUCAGCGCUGGACCUCAGCGUCCGGGCAGAACGAUGGGGGUGGAGAUGCAGGUAGAAUCAGUGAUGAUGCUUUACCUAACCAAUGGUGCAAGGUAGGUGAUUUCAAAAUGGCCGGUUUGGAUCUUAAAUGUAGAAACUAGUCAAUAUAGAAAUGGUGGACUGAUUGUGCUUGGGGGAGAAAAAUAAUUCUGGUUGUAUGCAAUCUCCAGAGUAAAUAAGCUAUUUCACCUCAGGUUUCCCAAAUGCAAAGCUAAGUUUUCCUCAUUCUGUGAAGCGCCCCAAAAUCUUCUGAUGAAGGGUGGUACACAAAUUUAAGAAAUAAAGUCAAAGAACUCAGUUUGCACAAACCUCUGGCUCUCACCAUUAAACUGCACGCAUGAGAAUGCUCACAUUUUGUUAAGAAUAUAAGAGUUAGCAUUCUGGGUCAGUCCACAUAUAGGUCAGAGGUGGGGAGACUUCAACCUUGCAAGAUCUAUUUUUUUAUUAGAACCUCAGGAUUCACCCAUCAGGGCCUGCGGCAAAAGAGAAUUACAGAGCUCUGAGGAUUUUUGUUUAAGCCCCAGAUUUUCUUUGGAGUAUCAGAACUGGAGUGCACAAUCCUUGUACGCAAAAACAACCACAAUCCUGGUUAUUCUCAGCUUCCUUCAUUUCCCAUUUGUGGAAUACUCACCCCAGGGAGGUUUACCUGGCACCUUCAUUUUACAUCUUUAGGCGCCAAGCGAAAACAUUCCUCUUUAACCAGGCCUUUGGCCGAUUGACACCCAAUGCCCUUUUAAAAAUCUCUUGUGGAAGCGGGGACCAUUGCUUUGUCUUUGUUUUCAUUUAUGCAUUUUCUGUUUGUUUGUUUUUAUAUUGUGAUUUCAUGUUGUCAACCGCCCUGAGAUCUAUGGGUAUAGGAUGGGAUACAAAUUUAAUAAAUAUAUAAAAUAAAUAAACAGUCUAUUUUAUGAUGUCUGAGAGGGAGGGUCAUUUUGUAGCUGAUGUUGUCAAACCACUGGGAGUUGGAAAUCCUUGCCGAUCGACUGUAAAUCACCCAGAGAUCUACCAAUAGACCCCCAUCUCCCUUCCUUCCUUCAGCUCUAUUUCAACAACCAGAUUCAUCCGGAAGCUUCUUGAAGGUUCUGAAUCCCCUGUGGUUUGUCUCUAACACCUGCUACUCAGAGACACCUUGCCUCUCAACAAGAUGGUUCUAUUAGCAAUUCUGUCCAAUAACCAUUGAUCAUCCCAUCCCUAGACAUAUUUCUAAUGCCAUCUAAGCUGCAACUACUGCACCUUGUGGAGAAAGGGUCCAUUCGUUAAUUAAGCAUUGUCAAGCCUGAAGCAUCUACAAUCAGCUUCGCAACUGACCCUGAGACAUAAAAUUUCUUCCACAUUGUUUUUAAAUCAAGUUCUCUUCAUAAUCAGAGCCAUGUUAGAGUGGAAGCAUGGCACGGUCUCUCCAACCUAAAUUCCACCCUCCCUGAAACCAUUUUUUGCCUUUUGUGCAGAAAACAUUCAGUCACCUACGUAACACCGAUGUGCUUUCCCCAAGUCGGGCAAAAAGCAGCUUGCGGGGAGCAAAUUUGAUAGGGAAGAUGACCCGGGGCACCUACUUGAGAUGAAUUUCAAGCAGAGGUUGAGCUAGGGUUGCAUGUAGCUUGUUGUGUGCUGCCCCUGACCUCUCAAAUUAGAUGUACCUUAUAUGCAUCUCAAAUUACAUGUACCUUAUAUGCACGUGAGCAGGGCAACAGUUGAAGGCAGUGGGAAUCAGAUAGUCUGACUGGGAGUGGCUGCCGAGACCAUAUAACACCGGUCCUGAAAGACCUACAUCAGCUCCCCGUACGUUUCUGAGCACAAUUCAAAGUGUUGCUGCUGACCUUUAAAGCCCUAACUGGCCUCGGCCCCGUAUACCUGAAGGAGCGUCUCCACCCCCAUCGUUCUGCCCAGACACUGAGAUCCAGCACCGAGGGCCUUCUGGCGGUUCCCUCACUGCAAGAAGUGAGGUUGCAGGGAACCAGGCAGAGGGCCUUCUCGGUAGUGGCGCCCGCCCUGUGGAACGCCCUCCCAUCCGAUGUCAAGGAAAUAAACAACUAUCUGACUUUUAGAAGACAUCUGAAGGCAGCCCUGUUUAGGGAAGUUUUUAGUGUUUGAUGUUUUAUCGUGUUUUUAAUAUUCUGUUGGGAACCUCCCAGAGUGGCUGGGGAAACCUAGCCAGAUGGGCGGGGUAUAAAUUAAUAGUAGUAGUAGUAACAACAACAACAACAACCUGUGUGUAGGAUUGCAGCCAACAUGUAAAUCAGCAGAGAGGUGUGGUCUCCAUCUUAUGUCUUCCAUGCAAAGCUUAAGUUUGAUUUUUUUUGGUCAACAAUAUUUCACAUUUUAUUUUCAAACGCUUUUUAUUGAGAUUUAAGAACACCAACACCAACCAACAAAAACAUCAGGUCUUAUUACAUAUAUCCUACUUUGUGCUCCAUAGAGGCGUUGACUUCCGUCCUUCCCUUCCACAAGUUUUCUUAUUCCAGUCUAUAAUUCACAGUUUCACUGAUUAAAAAUUACACCGUGACGUAAGAUUUAAUUCAAUCCUGCCAACGUUUUCAAAUUUCUACAGUUCUCACUUAUAUAAACCAUAAAUUUACUCCAUUCUUUUUGGUACUUUGUCUCCUCCUGAUUGCGAAUUCUGUGUGUCAAUUUGGCCAUUUCAGCAUAUUCGACCAGCUUUAUCUGCCAUUCCCUUACAGUCGGAAUCUCCUGUAACUUCCACUUUUGGGCUAUCAAAACUCUAGCUGUUGUUGUUGCAUACAGAUAUAAUCUGUAUUAUGUUUAUAAGUUUGAUUUUUUUUUUUUUUAAGUCUCAGAGAAGGCAGAGGCUCAAAAUCAAAGUGCAGCUAGUUGACUAAAGCAGUAAAAAUCACCAGGCCAUUUUAGACAAAGAACAAACCAUUAAAAAUGGGCGAAAAUGCUCUUGCUUUCACUUAAAAGUAAUUUUAAAUACCAAGUCAGACAUGGCUCCUUAGCGUUUUGCUUAUGGCAAAACAGCGAACGAUGCAUUUUGGUGCUCGGUCACGUUGUUAAAUGAUAUGCCUCAUACUUGAGCAAGGCUGUAUAGGAGGAGCUGCUCCUUCCGUUAUUUGAGGCCCAAGUACUCUGAGUCGCAGUUGGAAGUGUAUCAGCAACCAGUGGAGAUCUUUGAGACUUGGUCAGUGGCGCCUGCUAGCAUUCUAGCUACUGAAUUCUGUAUCAGUUUUAACCUCUAAACCAUUUCCAAGGGCAGCCCCACGUAGAGCGCACUGCAGCAGUCUACUCCCAAGGUUACCAGCGCAUGAAGCACUGCAGCCAAGGAUCUCUGUCCAGGGAAGGCAGUAGUUGGUGAACCAGCCUGAAAUAGCAACCGAAGCCACCUGGACCUUUGACCAGUGCUAGGUCAAAGAGCAUUCUCCAGCACCUUGCCUAAGAAGGGAAUAUUAACAGUUUAGCAAUAUAGUGGUACCUCGAGUUAAGAACUUAAUUUGUUCUGGAGGUCCGUUCUUAACCUGAAGUACCAGGUUAACCUGAGAGCCAGUGUGGUGUAAUGGUUAAGAGCAGUGGACUUGUAAUCUGGUGAACCGGGUUCGGUUCCCCGGUCCUCCACCUGCAGCUGCUGGGUGACCUUGGGCCAGUCACACUUCUCUGAAGUCUCUCAGCCUCACUCACCUCACAGAGUGUUUGUUGUGGGGGAGGAAGGGUAAAGGAGGUUGUGAGCCGCUUUGAGACUCCUUAGGGUAGUGAGAAAGCAGGAUAUCAAAUCCAAACUCUUCUUAGCUAAUGGGGCCUCCCGUUGCCGCUGCACCACCACCACGCAAUUUCUGUUCUCAUCCUGAAGCAAAGUUCUUAACCCGAGGCACUAUUUCUGAGUUAGCGGAGUCUGUAACCUGAAGCGUCUGUAACCUGAAGCGUCUGUAACCCGAGGUACCACUGUAGUCCUCUCCUCCUGUUAAUGAGAGGGUGCAAAACCGCCUUUGCGCUUCUUGCAAUGAGGCAAUCCCUGCUUCCUCGACCCGACCUUCUUCAGCUUCCACUUACAGAGCAAGGGAUGCUAUUAUUUAAAUCUGGAUGGAUGCUACGGUCUCCAAGCCUUACAGGAGUGCUUCCUGGGACCUUCAUGCUGGCCAUUAUUGAAAACAGGAUGGUGGCCUAGAGGCACCUGACAUGAUGAUGAUGCGCAAGUCGUUUGAAAGCCGCUGUUGCAGCAUGUUCUUCCACUCAGUUUGUGGGAAGAGGUUAAUGCCUCCCCCACGAGAGCAGCAAACUUUUAUCAUUUGUUUGUGAGGCUCUCUUCUCUGCACACACACACACACACACACACACACACACACACUCCUCACAAGCACCCCAUUGUUAUUUUGAGUAGCAUGUUAAUACAGUGGUACCUCGCGUUAAGUACUUAAUUCAUUCCGGAGGUCCGUUCUUAACCUGAAACUGUUCUUAACCUGAAGCACCACUUUAGCUAAUGGGGCCUCCUGCUGCCGCCUCGCUUGUUUUUGUUUAGUCGUUUAGUCGUGUCCGACUCUUCAUGACCCCAUGGACCAGAGCACGCCAGGCACUCCUGUCUUCCACUGCCUCCCGCAGUUUGGUCAAACUCAUGCUGGUAGCUUUGAGAACACUGUCCCACCAUCUCGUCCUCUGUCGUCCCCUUCUCCUUGUGCCCUCCAUCUUUCCCAACAUCAGGGUCUUUUCCAGGGAGUCUUCUCUUCUCAUGAGGUGGCCAAAGUAUUGGAGCCUCAGCUUCAGGAUCUGUCCUUCCAGUGAGCACUCAGGGCUGAUUUCCUUCAGAAUGGAUCGGUUUGAUCUUCUUGCAGUCCAUGGGACUCUCAAGAGUCUCCUCCAGCACCAGAAUUCAAAAGCAUCAAUUCUUCGGCGAUCAGCCUUCUUUAUGAUCCAGCCUUCUUUAUGGUCUAGCCGCUGCGCUGCUGGAGCACAAUUUCUGUUCUCAUCCUGAAGCAAAGUUCUUAACCUGAGGUACUAUUUCUAGGUUAGCAGAGUCUGUAACCUGAAGCGUAUGUAACCUGAAGCGUAUGUAACCCGAAGUACCACUGUAGUGUGUGUGUGUGUGGGUGGGUGGGUGCUUGUUGGUGCACCUGCAUAAACAACUUGUGAUCCAGCAUUUCUUUCCCUUCAGAAAAGGGAACGCCUGUCGAUCCCGGUCCUCAGAAUAGAUCUCCAAGGGCUGCAUGCAUGCAUGGAUUUGAUUUCUGCCUAUAAACAUGCAGCUUAUGAAAGGACCCUGUCUUUGCAGAGAGCUGUUGUUUUGUAGUCAAGAGUUUCGGAAUGAAGCUGGGUCCUGACCUUCAGCUGUUCAAGCUCAGGGACAUAAGAUGGUCCAAGAAUGCUUUGAAGGGGUUCACAGAUGAGCCUCAAUUUCCAGGUCCUGCAACAGCCUGCUCUGAUGCAAGUUACGGAUGAACUUAAAGGUCCAGCUCCGAGGGCCUUUUUGCGGUUCCCUCACUGCGAGAAGUGAGGUUACAGGGAACCAGGCAGAGGGCCUUCUUGGUAGUGGUGCACGCCCUGUGGAACGCCCUCCCAUCAAAUGUCAAGGAAAUAAACAUUUAUCUGACUUUUAGAAGACAUCUGAAGGCAGCUCUGUUUAGGGAAGUUUUUAAUGUUUGUUGUUUUAUCGUGUUUUUAAUAAUCUGCUGGGAGCCACCCAGAGUGGCUGGGGAGACCUGGCCAGAUGGGCAGGGUAUAAAUAAUAAAUUAUUAUUAUUAUUAUUAUUAUUAUUAUUAUUAUUAUUAUUUUCACUCGGCCUCUCAGCUGUGGUAGAUGCAUUACAGUUUUUGAGAAUGAGAGACAAUAUACAGAGAUUUAGGAGAUUUCAACCCCUGACAGUUGUACUCUAAAUAUAGCUGCAGAUGGAUGAGGGAAGGCAAGCAAUGGUGCCAAAAUGGUACUUUAUAUUACAUUUAGAUCACAAUCCUAUAUGUUAUAAAAUCUAGAAGAAAUAAAAUUAAAUCUAAAGACCUGAUUUCAGGCAGUAAAUGUAACAUGGAGUUGUAGCCAACUAAGUUCUACUCAGAAUACACCUACUGAAAUUAAUGAACUUAUGUUGGUAUGUCUGUAAAUUUCAUUGGGUCUACUCUGAUUAUAACUAGCCUUGGAUACAUCCCAUAAUGUUGGAUCCUGAGGUUGCUUCCCCACUCACUGGCAUUUUAGCUCAAGAGCCAUUAUUUGCUCACCCAGUUUUUAAAAUGAUGCCAGAUUAUUGCCAUCUGGCAUUUUCUGCAUUGUCGCCCCAACUUUGUGCAGACCUCAUUUGUGGUAAAAUAAAUUUACAACAUAAAUAAGAACAGUGGCCAUCUCUCCAAUGUGUGUGGAUUGGCAAAGUGCUAUUAAGGCUUUUUCAGGGCUUCUGUAUCUUUCAUUAGCAGCUUCCUUCUUACAGCUUUUUGCCUUCUUAUUGUUUCCUGUGCAGUGCUGCAACAGCAUUACAGUGGUACUUCAGGUUACAGACGCUUCAGGUUACAGACGCUUCAGGUUACAGGCUCCGCUAACCCAGAAAUAAUACCUUGGGUUAAGAACUUUGCUUUAGGAUGAGAACAGAAAUCGCGCAGCAGCAGCGGGAGGCCCCAUUAACUAAAGUGGUGCUUCAGGUUAAGAACAGUUUCAGGUUAAGAACGGACCUCCAGAACGAAUAAAGUUCUUAACCCGAGGUACCACUGUACUGAAGAACCAGGAUAUCAAAAAGAUCAUGUCAGAAAUGGAAAUGGACAUAAGUUUUGUGCGUUCAUUCAAGGUCAGAGAUGAAAAUGACAGAAGCGAAUAUUUGCAAUAUUCGCUAUUGUUGUUUCUUUAGCCCACAAACAUUAUGUAAAUAAUUGCAUUAUUUUCUGCAUUGUUGUUGACAUUUCCUUUCCAUUGAAACGCAUUGAAAUUCAUGACAUAAUUAGAAUUAUGCUAGUUUUGGCUCCAGCGGACAGUGAGACAAGUGAGACAGGUUUUAGCAGAAGCCAAAUGGCAGUGGAACAGAAACAGCAUUGGUUGCAAUGAACACAGGGCAGGAUGAACGUCUCUGACUCCUUACAUCCCUACUGAAGAAUGGCCUUUUAAUUGCCCUUUAAAAGGGCAAAUUUCCCUGUGGUGCAAUUUCUCUCUCUCCCCUCCCCCCUUUUAUUGCAAACUAAUUCUUUGCACUAAAAUAUUUUAGAUAAAUUAAUAAAUAAAAUCAGUAACGAAUCUCCCACUGAUCCUACAGGGAAUAAAGGUAAAGGGACCCCUGACUAUUAGGUCCAGUCGUGGCCGACUCUGGGGUUGCAGCGCUCAUCUCGCUUUACUGGCCGAGGGAGCCAGCGUACACCUUCCAGGUCAUGUGGCCAGCAUGACUAAGCCGCUUCUGGCGAACCAGAGCAGCGCACGGAAACGCCGUUUACCUUCCUGCCAGUGCAGUAUCUAUUUAUCUACUUGCACUUUGAUGUGCUUUCGAACUGCUAGGUUGGCAGGAGCAGGGACCAAGCAAUGGGAGCUCAUCCCGUCAUGGGGAUUUGAACCGCUGACCUUCUGAUCAGCAAGUCCUAGGCUCUGUGGUUUAACCCACAGCGCCACCCGCGUCCCUCCUACAGGGAAUAGGAAUGGACUAAUUAAGGGGGAAUCAAUCAUUAAACUUUCAGCAGCACUGAACAGGAAGCAAUAACCGAAGCAAAAAUGGCAAGGAGUUGGCUGCAGAUUAACACCGAAUGACCUCAUCUGAGUAGACCUUAUAGACGAAUCUUGACCACGACCCUGGGUAUCGUCAGAUAACAUAGCUAUACAUUCAAACUGUAUAAAACCACAGUUUGAAUUACACUUCCAGCUGCGUGUGGAAAAAGAAAUGCUGCCACAGCAGUAAAGAGCUCUGCUGUGAAAGCAACCUGAUUCUUAUGCAUUUGACAGCGGGGAUUUUUUUUUUUUGCCGAAAUCAAGGAGGAGUUCCUUUGUUUCCCAGGACCUGAGCUACAUUCCCAGGCCAUGAGCUUCAUCCAGAAGAUCUUCGAUGACAUUUGGAGCUACUAACUUUUGAAUGAAGUGUUUUUCUAUCCUGUUUUGCUUAAGCAUGCCUGGCCCUAAAACUUAGGGCAGUCUUAUGCAGACUGCUUAAGGAGAAGUUAGGACAAGUUACCCCCCUAGCCAAGCUUAUAAUACUUCCUGAAUCUUGGUUUUUUUUUGUUUUUGUUUUUCGUACCUACGGGGCUGCCACUCCUGGUAUGUCCCACAGAGGAACUUACGGUCUUCAAACAAAAACAUCUUGAAGGUCCCAGGCCACAGAGAGGUUAGGCUGGCCUCAACCAGAGCCAGGGCUUUCUCGGCUGUGGCCCCGAUCUGGUGGAACGCUUUGUCACAAGAGACUAGGGCCCUGCGGGACUUGACAUCUUUCUGCAGGGCCUGCAAGACAGAGCUGUUCCACCAGGCUUUUGGUCAGGGCGCAGCCUGACUCCCUCCUUUGGCAAUCUUCACAAAACUUUAUCCUAUUGGUUGCCAUCAAUUUGAUUUGAAUUAAUUUUAUAAUGAAAUGAUUUUAGAAUGUUGUACUAUUUUAUUGUUGUUAGCUGCCCUGAGCCCGGCUUCGGCUGGGGAGGGCGGGAUAUAAAUAAUUUUUUUUAUUAUUAUUUUUUUAUUAUUAUUAUUAUUAACAAAGGUUUUCAAUAUCCCUUCCCCAUUCAAGAAGAGUUGCACUUUUAGCAGCAGCUCAUGCUAAAAAUCUCUCUCUUUUUUCUUCUCAUGCAACCUUAUAUCAAUGUCCUAAUUAAGGCUGGUAGCUACUUAAGUUACUUCCAAGUAAAUAUAUUUAGGAACAAAGCACUGUUAUGAAAUGAAGCAAUGUUUCUCUUUGGGAAGGUUUAAUAAUACGAAACAAAACCUGCUCCGCUCUUCCCCCACCUUAAUAUUUUCCUUCCUUCUGGUGCCACCACUGCCUAACAUUUGUUUCUCUCUUUCCCCCACCCUCAGAAGCGAAUAUUUUAGUGCAACAGAGACCUCUGCGCCUAAUGAGCGAAAGUGCCAAGAUAUUCUGCAACUACACAUCUAACGGAAAGAAGAUAGAGGCAUUCAGAGCCUUGCUCCGUAAAGGAGUAGAAAGGGUGGAAGUCUGCUCCAUUUACAAGAACAGCACCCAUAAUAUUACCAAAUACGGUCCGGAAAUCAGCUGCCGAGUUGCAUUCAAGACAGAAAAGGAAGUCACCUUUAACCUGCAGAGCCUACAUGCCAAUCAAACGGACAUUUACAGCUGCAAAAUUGAGGUCUUUGAGCCACCGCCGUACGAAGUCAACGAAAGCCUUGGCACUUUAGUUCACGUGAAAGGUACAAAUAUGAAAUUCCUUGCAUAUCCCCCAAAUCACUCAAGCUAGGGCUACUAGUAUUUAAAUUGGGCAUCUAGAAAUGUCUAACCCCCCCCUUGCCAAAUGCAAACCAAUACUUUCUCAACGAACAGUGAGUUUCCUUAGCAGAAAGGGCUACGCUACUUUUAUUUCGAAAGAAAAGGCAGCUGUGGAGCCCCAGUCUUCUGGUCCAGACUGCAACCCCAUUCUGUUUUCCUUCCUUCCCCCCCUCCGAAAAAACAUUACACCUCCCUUCUGCUGUCCCUCUGCGCCCCCCUCAGGUGCUGCUGUUGCUGCUGCAGUAAAAAGUACCUUUAAAAUCAGGUCACAGUUUGGGGAGUGCCCCUUCCUAAUUUUGGGGCAGCCCCCAUCUCAAAAACUGCUAGCACAUUUGCAAAACUAAGCAGCGUCCAGAAUGGUUUCAAAUUGGAUGGGGAGACCAUGGGUUGAGAUUCCUGCAUUCUAGGGAUUGGAAGGCCCCCCCAGAGUCACUUCCAAUUCUAUGAGAGCCAAUUCUAGGCUGGGGUUCUUCAGCUGCUUCUCCUUCAGAAUAAAUAUGGACAAUUUAAGUAUGUUUUUUUUUUUAAAAAAAUGUCACCAACGUAACUUUAAGUUUAGCUCAUGGUCACUACAUUAUUCAUUCAAUUUAUCUUGUAGCAGCCAUAUGGGGUAUAGGUAAAGGUAAAGGGAUCCCUGACCAUUAGGUCCAGUCGUGGCUGAUGCUGGGGUUGCGGCGCUCAUCUCGAUUUAUUGGCCUAGGGAGGCGGUGUACAGCUUCCGGGUCAUGUGGCCAGCAUGACUAAGCCACUUCUGGCGAACCAGAGCAGCGCACGGAAACACCGUUUACCUUCCCGCUGGAGCGGUACCUAUUUAUCUACUUGCACUUUGACGUGCUUUCGAACUGCUAGGUUGGCAGGAGCAGGGACCGAGCAACGGGAGCUCACCCCGUCGCGGGGAUUCAAGCCGCCGACCUUCCGAUCGGCAAGUCCUAGGCUCUGUGGUUUAACCCACAACGCCACCCACGUCCCAUAUAUGGGGUAUAUCAGAGCAUAAUAAGAGCCAGGUGCCUGUGCAAAACCCGCAAGCAGGACCUGAGCACUAAUAAUAAUAAUAAUAAUAAUAAUAAUAAUAAUAAUAAUAAUACUCUGCCCAUCUGGGGAAGGACAGGGAAACAUCAACCAUUAAGGCUUCCCAAAACAGGGCUGCCUUCAGAUGUCUAUGAGAAGUUAUAUGGUUGUUUAACUCUAUGACAUCCGAUGGGAGGGUGUUCUACAGGGUGGACGCCACUACCAAGAAGGUCCUCUUCCUUCUUCUCUGUAACCUCACUUCUCACAGUGAGGGAACCACCAGAAGGCCCUUGGUGCUGGAUCUCAGUGUCUGGGCUGAACGAUGGGGGUGGAGACCUUCCUUCAGGUAUACUGAGCCGAGGCCAUUUAGGGCUUUGAAUUGUGCUCAGGAACGAACAGGUAGUCUGGUAUUAUGUGGUCCAAGCGGCUGCUUCCAGUCUAGCAGCUGCAUUCUAGAUUAAUAGCCGUUUGCGAGUCAGCUUCAAAGGUAGCCCCACGUAGAGUACAUUGCAAUAGUCCAAGCAGGAGAUAACCAGAGCAUGUACCACUCUGGCAAGGCAGUGCGCAGGCAGGUAGGGUUUAGCAGGCAUGGAGUUGGUUGACAGCCUCCCUGGAUCCAGAGUUGACAUGUGCCUCCACGGACAGCUCUGAGUCCAAGAGCCCUCUGCCACCCUGUGCUUUCCAGCAAUUGGUAUGCAGUAGCUGUGGUCUAAACCACUGAGACUUCGGGGCUUGUUGAUCAGAAGGUUGGCGGUUCGAAUCCCUGCAACGGGAUGAGCUCCCAUUGCUCUGUCCCAGCUCCUGCCAACCUAGCAGUUCGAAAGCACACCAGUGCGAGUAGAUAAAUAGGUACCACUGCGGCGGGAAGGUAAACAGCGUUUCCGUGUGCUCUGUCUUCCAUCAUGGUGUUCCAUUCCACCAGAAGCGGUUUAGUCCUGCUGGCCACAUGACCCAGAAAGCUGUCUGUUGACAAACACCGGCUCCCUUAGCCUGAAAGCGAGAUGAGCGCCGCAACCCCAUAGUUGCCUUUGACUGGAUGUAACCACCCAGGGGUCCUUUACCUUUACCUUUUUUUACCUUUACUGCAUUAAUUUGUCUAACCCUCUUUUAAACCAUCUAGACUGACAGCUGUCACUGACUCCUGCAGGAGUGAGUUCCAUAAUUUAACCAUUCAGCCUUUGUGUUAUUCAAAUUCUUUUUCGGCUUUCCUCACUUGCACUUUUUUUUGGGUGCCAAAGUUUGUGUUCUUUUUUUGUUGUCUUCAUUAGGACAAGAUUUCAUUUUUUUAGAUGAAGUCUUGCCUCUGAUAGCUUCUUGGACCCUGCUUGUCAACCACACUGGUGUCAUCUUGUUCCUCAUGAUACGUUUCUAAAUCUGUGCCGUACAUUCCAUUUCAGUACAGUCGUACCUUGGGAGUCGAAUGUUUCAGCUCCCAAACGAUCGAAAACCGGAAGUAAGUGUUCCAGUUUUCGAACUUUGUUUUGGAAGCCGAACAUCCGACCGGGCUUCCGUGGCUUCUGAUUGGCUGCAGGAGCUUCCUGCAGCCAAUUAGAAGCCAUGAUUGGGUUUUCGAACAUUACGAAAGUCGAAUGGACUUCCGGAACGGAUUCUGUUCAACUUACGAGGUAUGACUGUAUCUAAUAAUGUGUUUUUAAACAACUCCCAAGCAUUUUGGUGUGAGCUGACCCUCUUGACUUUUUCAACUUCCUUUUAACCAAUCUCCUCAUUUUGGGGAAGUUUCCUUUUUUGAAAUCAAAUAUGAUCUAGGAAUGAUGGUAAUAUAGCUUUUCAUUUAUAGUUUGUGCAGAUGUGUUUUAAAGCUUUUCUCCCCUCUGUCAAGCCCCAGAAACCCCAGAAUCUCAAUGUCAACAAGGACCAGAAUUCAUGAGUAUGGCAGCAGCUAUCGGAGUCCUUAUUUUCUACAGUAUCCUAACAACAACAGCUUUUUUCUAUUGUUGGGUAAGGAAUGGUUAUUUCUCACUUUUUCAUGUACUUGAGGUACACUUAAAUGCAGAAGAGCAACAAUAAUCUAAUUUUGGAGAUGGGAAAAGCUAGCCCACUUCCGUGCUGUUACGUGGCAUCCUACUCUGCCUUGCCAAGCAAAGAGGUGAGCUCUCUAGAACAUGCCCCCCCAAUGGCCCAGAUGUUUUGGACUACAACUCCCAUGAUCCCUUGCCAUAGGGGCUGGGACAGAAGGAUGAUGGACUCCAAAAUAUCUGGAGGGCAACAGGUUGGGGAAAUCUGGACCAUUUUUUAAUUCUCUUUGUAUGGUUUGAUAGCCGAAGGUCCUAGCUCAAUGAUCUUUGAUGGCUGCUGUUGGAUUUGUCUCUCAUACCCCACCUUGGGGAAGGGGCUGAAGUCAUGAAAUUUGAACCUGUCUGCAGAGUGGGAAGGAAAAUUGAGCCAUGAGGUGUAUGCUGCUGCUUUAGGCUGCGGAGACAGGUGCGUUCCAAGUCUAGUGCUGCAGGGGUUGGCUGCUUGGCACGUGUCGACUUGGACAUAUGCAAAUAAAAAAUAUUACAGAAAUGCCUUACGCCCCACCAGUUUUCGUUCCCUGCUAGGAGAUAGGCCCUAUUCAAAACUCAGUGGCUGGAGUGUGGUUGAAUUACUGGAGUGCUCAUCAAAAGAUAUUUAAUGUUGCACACCACCCUGGGAUCUUUUGAUAAAGGGCGGUACAUAAACUGAAUAAUAAUAAUAAUGAUAUAUUUUUUUAAAGAAGUAAAAAUGGUACAGUGAUGCUACUCAGCCUCAACUCCAACUUCCUUACCAUUUUAGGAGCCUGCAUCUUGGUGAAUGUUGUUGUUGUUGUUUAGUCGUUUAGUCGUGUCCGACUCUUCGUGACCCCAUGGACCAGAGCACGCCAGGCAUUUCUGUCUUCCACUGCCUCCCGCAGUUUGGUCAAACUCAUGUUGGUAGCUUUGAGAACACUAUCCAACCAUCUCGUCCUCUGUCGUCCCCUUCUCCUUGUGCCCUCCAUCUUUCCCAACAUCAGGGUCUUCUCUUCUCAUGAGGUGGCCAAAGUAUUGGAGCCUCAGCUUCAGGAUCCAUCCUUCCAGUGAGCAUUCAGGGCUGAUUUCUUUCAGAAUGGAUGGGUUUGAUCUUCUUGCAGUCCAUGGGACUCUCAAGAGUCUCCUCCAGCACCAGAAUUCAAAAGCAUCAAUUCUUCGGCGAUCAGCCUUCUUUAUGGUCCACUUGGUGAAUGUGCACCCUCCCAAUUGUGCAAACCAUGGGCUGGAUUCAACUAACCCAUUCUGCUAGUGGGGUCCCCCUCUUUCUCCCAAAGCUAUCGGAGGGGUGUCGGAAGAACCCCAGAAGAGUGUUUUUUUGGAGGGGGGGCAGAGGAGAGAUCAGGCAAGCACAAAUGCUUGUGUUGGCAGAACACUCUCCUUAGCUCUACACUGAAUUCCGCCCCAUGGGCUAAAGUACGGAUUCAAGGCAAUUUUUCGUUAACUUUGUUGAAAGUUGGGUGGCUGUGCUCUCUAGGCUCCUUCAUUACAAGGGGACACUUUCAUUGCUGUGUACUGUGCUAAGAACCAUCCAGGUUUUCUAGUUACCGUAUUUUUCGCUCUAUAAAACGCGCCAGACCACAAGCCGCACCUAGUUUUUGGAGGAGGAAAACAAGAAAAAAAAUAUUCUGACUCUCAGAAGCCAGAACAGCAAAAGGGAUCGCUGCGCAGUGAAAGCAGCAAUUCCUCUUGUGUUCUGGCUUCUGGUAUAGCUGCGCAGCCUGCAUUCGCUCCAUAAGACGCACACACAUUUCCCCUUACUUUUUAGGAGGGAAAAAGUGAGUCUUAUAGAGCAAAAAAUACGGUAAAUAAUUGUGGCAGCACACUCCGCAGAAGCAAAAUUGUUCGUGAAACAGCUAAUAAUAGUGUAGAGGCUGCAUGUCUGAAUCAGGCCAAAGGUACGGAAGAUUUUGCUAGCUCAGCUCUAGAGACCAGUGCAUUUUUUGCAGCUGUUCCAUACACUUGCAAGGAAGUGAUGAUAAGAAGAUGAGCAAGUGACCCACACAUCUGCUUUCCAUGCUUUUGGGUAUUAAGUGAAGGGGAAUCUCAUGUACCUCUCUUGCUUUCAGUAGUGAGUACAGUGGUACCUCGGGUUACAUACGCUUCAGGUUACAUACACUUCAGGUUACAGACUCCGCUAACCCAGAAAUAGUACCUCGGGUUAAGAACUUUGCUUCAGGAUGACAACAGAAAUCGUGCUCCGGCGGCGCAGCGGCAGCGGGAGGCCCCAUUAUCUAACAGUUUCAGGUUAAGAAUGGACCUCUGGAACGAAUUAAAUAUGUAUCUAGUUAAACAAAUCUGAUACUAUAUCAGUAGAAUUUUAGAGCCAUAAUCUCCACACGAAAAGUACCAUGCAUGUCAAGUAUUUCCAUGUAGUACAGCUUAUGUUAAAUACGUACACAUCUACCAACCGCCAUUCCCCUCCCCCCACCUGUUUAUUAUUUUUACACAAUACAGUGGUACCUCGGGUUACAUACACUUCAGGUUACAUACGCUUCAGGUUACAGACUCCGCUAACCCAGAAAUAUUACCACAGGUUAAGAAUUUUGCUUCAGGAUGAGAACAGAAAUCGUUCUCCAGCAGCAGCAGGAGGCCCCAUUAGCUAAAGUGGUGCUUCAGGUUGAGAACAGUUUCAGGUUAAGAACGGACCUCCGGAACGAAUUAAGUACUUAACCCGAGGUACCACUGUAUCUCUCCAUUAAGGAGAUGCACAAGGACUGAAUUUAGUUCUACUCUGCAGAAUACCCAGAAAUGCAGAAAAAUUAUCAACACACAAUUGUUUCAUCACUCCUUGCAAAGUGGAUUUUGUUCAUUGGGUUUUGUUCAUUGCAAUGAUUAAAUUCUCUCUCCUCCAUCACUUUCUUUGUAGCUGAAAACCAAGAAGAAUAAGAUUGUUCGGAAUGACUAUUUCAACAUGACUGCCUGGCAAUCAAAUGCUCCCAAGAAGAGACCUCAACCGCCAGGUGUCCCAGCAAGAAACUACACUGCGUACCGAUCAUGGGAGCCAUGACAAUUGGUAACAUAAAUGGUCUGUUCUCUACAAUGGGAAAUAUGAAUGGACAUUUCACCCCUUAGCUCAGUGCGCCUGUUGUCGACGGUCACUGGUAUCCCCAAGAAAAUGAGUUCUCAGCACUGUGAAGGAUAAAAACUGUUAUGUUAUGCUUCAAACUGAUGGUGGAAAAGAAGAAAAACUGAGAAUGGAUUGUAAAUACAGUCUCAUAAACCUCUCUUACGCAAAUGCUGGUUCCAUCAGCAUUGAUGCAAUUUCUUGAUUGCUUCAGUCUUAGGAUUAUGUGUAUAAAUUGUACCAAAACUCUGGCAAAUCACCAAGCAAAGAGCAGAGGUAAAAAUAUGUUGUCUUUCAUGUCAAAAGGGGAAAUACCGAAUGGGAGAGUCUAAAACAUAUGUUUAACAGAUCAGGAGCAUUCAGCUAAGUUGGCCCAGUAUUAUAAAGAACAUCAUACUAUUGUAAGCGAAGUAAGUGAUUAGUUGGAUAGCUUUGCCAUGUAAUUCUGCAUAGUCCCUUUCCCUGCUGAUGAAAAAAUUCCUCAUACUGCUAAAACAAUCAAUCUGCAAGUCAUUUCUGAGAGAGCCUUUAAGGAAGAGUGGAAUGUGCAGCCAUAUGAGACCACUCUUGAGAUUUGCAGACUUUCACUAAGGCUUGGACAAUGUCCUACAUAAAGGAGCAGACAAAACGUCCUCAACUGAGAAGAGAGAAUUAAUCACCUGAUGACCCACAUGCGGUUGGCUCCCAGUAAGAUUCAAGAGAGAUAACGACAGGGAUUAAAUUUUCCUUUCUUGCUGUUUGGACACAAUAUAUGCAUGGUUCAAUGAUUAUAGCCAAGCGAAGCCUGGAAUUAAAAAGGCAACUGGUUUUUCCUCCCUCAAUGCUGUCUACUUGUAGCAAAUGUAGGACGUACAAUGGCAUUUUGCCAGUAAAAAAACCGACAUUGCAAAAAAACCAAGUUGAUUUUAAUUUUCUUGAUGAGUUAACAACUUUCGAAGUGUGACAUAUGCGUUACUGAACAGGAACCAACAGGAGCCUUACAGAACAGGAAACAACGAAGGCUGUCACAUCCUUAGCACCACCUCAGCAGGCACACCCAUCAGUACUGAAUGUUCCUGAGUGCAAUGUAGGUAGUAGGUACUGGUGUGUGUGUGUGUGUCUUGUACACCGACCCUGGUCUGGCGAGGCUUGCAAACUUUCCUGCUCACCUGUGGCGAGUCUUGCCCAUUUGACUUACUUUCCUACAGUGGAAACAGUUGGUCCUGGCAAUUAUUGUUGUUGUUGUUUAGUCAUUUAGUCGUGUCCGACUCUUCAUGACCCCAUGGACCAGAGCACGCCAGGCACUCCUGUCUUCCACUGCCUCCUGCAAUUUAGUCAAACUCAUGCUGGUAGCGUCGAGAACACUGUCCCUCCAUCUUGUCCUCUGUCGUCCCCUUCUCCUUGCACCCUCCAUCUUUCCCAACAUUAGGGUCUUUUCCAGGGAGUCUUCUUUUCUCAUGAGGCGGUCAAAGUAUUGCAGCCUCAGCUUCACGAUCUGUCCUUCCAGUGAGCACUCAGGGCUGAUUUCCUUCAGAAUGGAUAGGUUUGAUCUUCUUGCAGUCCAUGGGACUCUCAAGAGUCUCCUCCAGCACCAGAAUUCAAAAGCAUCAAUUCUUCGGCGAUCAGCCUUCUUUAUGGCAAUUAUUAACCACUCUCAAUUCCACCCUGAUCGUUGUCACCUGCCCAGAUUUUAACUUAUCUGAGAUAAUUUUAAGAUGUAUUUUAAUUAAUUGGUGUCUGUUUUUAUGCUUAUUGUGUUGUUUUUAUGAUGUUAGCUGUUCUGAGCCCGGCCUCGGCUGGGGAGGGCGG